AUGCCUUUCUACGACGCAGACACAAGGCAAGUUCAUCAUCAAUGGGCUUCGUUCGUUGCAGGAGCUAGCUGCCACAUCAAGAGCACCUGGGUUCCUGCCUAUAGAAGACGACAAAGACUACAACCCCAAACGCAAUCGCAAACGCAAACGCAAACGCAACAACCCCUCCAGCGUCCUGUUCAUCACCACUACUCUACUAACCCUAAACGCCUCAGAGAAGGGUUAGGGAUCAUCACGCCGACCCAUUUUCCGGCGGAGUUGAAUUCCACGGCGGUUUUCCGGUGUGUGAGAGUGAGCUCAUCAGUGGACGAUGGCAAAGAUCAGUACGCUUAUCAGACGACGGUGAGCAUCGGAGGACACGUUUUCAAAGGAAUUCUGUAUGAUCAAGGCCCAGAAGAUGAACAGAGAAUCAUCAGUACUGUUCAUCCUCGUCAUCAUCAUCAUCAUCAUCAUCAUCAGCGCCAGGAAUUUCUUCUUCCGUCAAGUUCUUCAUGUCCGCUAAUGACCACUACUAGCCCCUUCACCGCUUUCAUGUCCGGUACGGAAUUUUCUCCUCCUCGUCAAAAGCCUUAAAGAAACUAAAAAAAAUAGAUUUAAAAAAAAGAUCGAGAAUAAAAUUAUAUAUCAUCUACUUGGAAAUAAAUGAAAAUCCUUUCUGGGUUUGGAAUUUGGUCUGAAUUCUGAGUUAACCUUCGUAAUUGCUUUGUGUAUUGAUUUAGUAGUCACACACAUAGAGCUUCGCUUCAGUAAUUUUAAAUAAUUGCUUAA